UUCGAGCGAUUUAUUGUGAAACUUCGAAUACAAAACACGUAUCGCGCUAUUAGUCAAAAAAGUCAACUAAUAUCGGUUGAAAAAUAGUUAAAAACUAUUAUCACGCGAACGUUGUCUGUUUAUUUUAUCAGAAUUUGCUAAAAAAUGACUACCCGCGCUGAAUGGCCCGACGCCGAGAAAGAAUUGUCAACAAAGGUUUCGUCGUUAGACCUACAGAAAAAAGUUUAUAAUGGUAAUGCCAAUGCUCAAGAUGAUGUACCCGAUACUGUGAGCAAAGAUGAGAUUUCCCUCCUGCAAAAAAUCGUCCGUAAAGGUCUGAGUGUUUCAAGGAAGGAAGAAGUUGAGAUUCGGCGUCAAGAUCCUUCAUCACCAUUAUAUUCUUGUAAAAAAUUCGAAGAGCUGAAGAUAAAAGAUGAUUUGGCUAGAGGUGUUUAUGCUAUGGGUUAUAACGUGCCAUCGAAAAUUCAGGAAGCAGCCUUGCCUGCGUUAUUAGCCGAUCCUCCACAGAAUAUGAUAGCACAGUCUCAAAGUGGUACUGGAAAGACUGCUGCUUUUGUGUUAGCCAUGCUGAGUCGUGUAGAUACCUCAAAGAACUACCCACAGGUCGUAUGUCUAAAUCCCACCUACGAAUUAGCCAUACAAACAGGUGAAGUGGCCGCACAAAUGAGCCAGUUCUGUCCCAACAUAUCAAUUCGUUAUGCAGUUCGUGGAGAAGAAGUUCCCAGAGGUCACAAACUAAAUUGCCACAUAUUGAUCGGUACGCCCGGCAAAUUAUUAGAUUGGGCAUUGAAGUUUUCCGCUUUCGAUAUCAAGAAGGUUACAGUGUUUGUUCUGGAUGAGGCUGAUGUCAUGAUUUCGACGCAAGGACAUCAAGAUCAGUGUAUUCGACUUCAUAGGGAGCUUUCGCCCAAUUGCCAAAUGUUAUUGUUCUCUGCAACGUACGACCAGGCUGUGAUGGAAUUUGCAGAAAUGAUCAUUCCCAACCCAUUAGUUAUUCGAUUAUUACGAGAGGAAGAGUCUCUGGAAAAUAUUAAACAGUACUAUGUGAAGUGCGCGGAUCAAGAUGAGAAGUAUAACGCUAUCACGAAUAUAUAUGGAGUUAUAUCGGUUGGACAGGCUAUUAUAUUCUGCCACACCCGUAAAACUGCAUCAUGGCUCGCCAAAAAGAUGUGUGAAGAUGGACAUUCUGUAUCAGUUCUGUCUGGUGAACUUACAGUCGAACAAAGGAUAAAUGUUCUUGACCGGUUUAGGAGUGGGGUUGAAAAAGUUUUGAUUACAACAAACGUGCUGUCCAGAGGAAUCGACAUCGAACAAGUGACGAUCGUUGUAAACUUCGACAUGCCCGUGGAUAUGCACAAGAAACCAGACUACGAGACAUAUCUGCACCGUAUUGGCAGAACUGGACGUUUCGGUAAAUCUGGUAUCGCAAUAAACUUAAUCGAUUCGCCUCAAGCAAUGGAAGUUUGCCGAGACAUUGAGAAUCAUUUCGGUAGAAAAAUUCUGUAUUUAGACGCGGAAGAUUCUGACGAAAUCGAGAGGAUUGGGAAUUAAUUUAAUUAAUAUUUUCAUAAAUUGUAAAAAAUUGUUAGAUCUAUUUGAUCAAAAAAAAAUGUGAUUAUAUGUUACUCUUUUACAUGUUGAA